AUGACCGUUAAUGGUGAGAAGUCAAGAUGUGACAGCUUCAAUACUUUGUCGACUUCCUGUUUUGCUUUUCUUUUCCAGAAGCCAACCGAAGAUUGGUUUCAAACAUGUUGCACUGAACAUGAAUGCUUUCUGGUGGAUGCAUGCAUCCCGGCAAUUUUGCUUUUCUCCCAAAAGUAUUCUAGUAAUGCAAGGGCAAUGUUAAAUAUAUCAAAUGCAUUGGCGAGAUUGAUGGUCAUACUGAAAGAAGAAAAAUGGGUCUUGAAAGAAUACGAGGAGGAUAAAUUGUUAGAUUUUGUCUGCAGAUUCUGGGAUUAUGUUUCUGAAGCAGUAUGUCACGAUUGUGUCAGCAUUUUCGAAUCGCUAAUGAACUUGCAUCUUACCCGUUGUAUGUUGAAUGGCUCUCUUUCAUUAUGGGCUAAAAAUGUUGGAAGAUUCCUGACUGAUUUACCAUCAUCUUGUCGUGGUCGUUACCGGUGUAUCUUGGCAUAUAAUAAAAUAGUGGCAUCGUCUUCGGAAGUUCUCACGGAUAACUUCUGUAAGGAAAUAUACUCUUCAUUAUCGAAUUCAACUCUAGUUGCUGUGGCUAGUGAGCUCAUUGCUUUUGAUGCUGUCCAGAAUUUGGAUAACUCGGAUCGACUUCAACUGCACAGUCAUUUGUUACGCGCAUCACUUCAAUCACCAAAAAAAGCAAUUUGUAGUGCUGUUCAAAAACGAUUGCUACCUGAAUUUUCAAAAAAUUCUGUGCUGUUGGAGUGGGUACUUAAAGAGUUGAAAAUAUUUCAAGCAGAUAGUGUAUAUGGUACAGUCAGUCUCGAAACGUCACUUUAUAUUGCUAAAUUUUGUCUUUUCCAUCAGAAAAGGGAUGGAAAUAUUCAGGAGUGGACUUCAUUCAUUGAUGAAAGUAUAGUAAUUUCCGCACUACUAAAUGCUAUUGGACAGAUCCGUUUAAUGGCUUGGAGUCUGAUUUGUGAUCAUCCCAAAUUGGCAGCGUCAAUUUCGAGCCGCCAGUUGUUGCUAUGUAAAUGCUUUUUGGCGACCAAUAUGACUGAACAGUCACCUGCUGUCAGAUUGACAAUAUUGUCUGGUUUGAAGAAGAUAUUAAUUCGGAUUCGUGAAAAUGGCCAAAAUAUUUUGAAAAGUGGUAGUGAUGAAAACGAGUUAAAUCCAUAUGUGAAUUUUAUCUGCUGGUUGCGUGAUUUCUGUUUCCAAAAUUUAGUGCAAUACGCUAACUUCAACAGGCGCAUAAUGGCUCUUCAAAUGCUAGAAUAUCUUUUUUUGGAAAACUACUUAGUUAAUAAUAACAAAGAUAUGUUUUUCAAAUUUUUGUCAUCAAAACUAAAGCCAACAGAGGAGCAGAUUUAUCAUGUAAUACGUUGUUUGGAUGACUCAUACCAGAUCUGUCAAAUUUCAGCUCUUCGUUUACUGUCUUCAUCAUUUUUCGAAAUCCGUGGUUUUAAUUUCGAUUCAUAUUUCGCAGAAACGAAGCAGCAGUUGUUCUCCAUUCGGUCACUAUUUACGCUCACGUCCAGUUAUCGGUUGCGCUUUUAUCUUAAAAAAAACCCUGAUAGCUUGCACAGUGUUUUUCAAUGCCUUCUUAAUCUGUGUAAAGAUCGAGUAAAACUUAUCUCAGAGGAUUUUCUAAUGAUAGCAAGCAACCAAGGCUUCGUCUAUUCCAUAUUAAGCGCAUUUGGUGUCGCACUGGAAUUUUUGGAUUUUCAGUCCGCCGUAAAGAACGAUUGGUGUGUUACAUUGGUUAAUCAUGAUUUGUUACCGGUGUGUUUUCAAAUAAGUGAGUUGGUAUCGCCGGUUGUAAACAGUAUGUCGCCGGAAGGUUUCGUUCCUGACGAUCAUGUAAACAUCAUUGUAGAUGUUAAUGACUCCAAAAAAUUAAAAGAUAGUGCAGAUUUUUGUCAAGCAUUACUAGCAAGUUGUUGGCGUUCACACAAAUACGUUUCUGCAAUAUUUUAUAUAAUAAUCACAAAGUGGCUUGGAAAUUCUAUACUUUCUUCGGAAACUGUUCGAUGUAUAUGCAAUUAUUACUGGCGCCAGCUGACGGAAUGUAAACAUUCUGGUGCAGUAGGAGCAUCAGUUGAAGGGUUCGAAGCAUUAUGUGCAAAACUUUGGUCGUUAUCUUUAGCCGGCAUUCCAGAAUUUGCAGAUUUACCCCAUCCAGAUGCGUGGAUAAAGCAAAUCACAGACUUAAUUGAUAGCAAAGAGAAUAUGUUAUGUGCAACGCGUCGAAGUGCUGGUUUGCCACAUUUGAUUGCUUCAAUUCUCACAAAGGAACCAGUCAUAAAUGAUGCACAAUGUCUGAAAACAACGAUGAUAUUUAUGCUUAAAAAUAAGGGAAGAUCUUAUAAAGCACAAGUUCAUAGUAUCAAUAUUAUGCGAGCAAUUUUUCUAAACAGUCGCUUAUCAGAAGCAGUUCUCUGUUAUAUAGAACCCGCAAUGAACGUCUGUUUUGCUUGUUUUGGUUCUAGUAGUUGGACAGUACGAAGUGCUGCAUCACAGCUAUUCGCUGCUCUGAUUAAUCGAAUGUUUGGUAUCCCUCGAAGUAUGCAACUAUCACUCCAUCCAGAUGAAAAAAAUCGCUUGUCCUCUUUUGAGUUCUUCACCAGGUUUCCAUCAUUAUAUGACUUAUUACACCUACAGUUUUAUGAAAACGAGAAAUGUGUUUCGCAACUGGGAAUGUUCGCUGUGUUGGUUCUUCUCAUCCAUCUGUUCCCCUCUCCACGACAUAACAUUUAUUCACUUGCUACUUAUAUCUUUCCACUUCUAAAAUUUUCUUUAUCAUGUCGCUCUAUGAAACUGCGUGAAUUGUCUGCAGCGACACUUAUUUCUAUUUGCGAAGUUCAGGUAUGGAAUCAUUCAGAUGGCAUUUAUGCGUUGUUUCUUUUUUAUAAGUACAAAAUAUGUGCAAUACUAAUUGCUCUUUUAGAUAUCUAA